AUGCGCAAGUCCGAUGCCGUCGUGGCCCUGGCCUCGGCCGGGGCCGCCUCUGCGCUCAUCAUCCCGCUCGCUAACAACCUGCUCGGGCCGUUGGUUCGCACCUCCACCAUCGCCGGCACCACGUACCCGGGCCUCGAGAUCAAGGUCUCCAUCCCGCCGAUAGGCAUCCAGCCCAUCGCGAUCCCGGUCAUCAACUUGCCCCCGGUCGCCGUGCCGUCCGUCACGGCACCCUCGGUGGCCCUUCCUUCGGUGGCCCUUCCGUCUAUCGCGAUCCCCUCGCUCAACCUGCCGUCUGUCACGCUGCCGUCCAUUGCGAUCCCUUCCAUCGCUAUCACUGCCGGCCCUCUCAUUGCCGUCCAUCGCACUUCCUUCUCUCUCGAUCCCGUCCCUGGCGGUCCCGUCGAUUGCAGUCCCUUCAAUCUCUCUGCCGGCUCUUUCGCUCCCGUCUCUGGCGGUCCCGUCGAUUGCAGUUCCGACGCUCCCUUCGAUCGCAGUUCCAUCACUGUCGAUCCCGGCACUCUCAUUGCCUUCUAUCGCAGUCCCGUCUCUGUCGGUCCCCUCCGUGGCAUUGCCCUCGAUUGCUCUGCCAUCGCUGUCAAUUCCGUCGAUUGCACUCCCGGCCAUCUCGCUCCCGUCUGUGGCAGUCCCGUCCAUUGCGGUCCCGACUCUUCCGUCGAUUGCGGUUCCGACGCUCCCCUCUAUCGGGCUCCCGCCUCUCUCGGUUCCUUCGAUUGCGCUUCCAUCGCUAUCGAUCCCGUCGAUUGCACUCCCGGCCAUCUCGCUCCCGUCUGUGGCAGUCCCGUCGAUUGCAGUUCCGACGCUCCCCUCGAUCGGGCUCCCGCCUCUCUCGGUUCCGUCGGUGGCGUUGCCUUCGAUUGCGCUUCCAUCGCUGUCAGUGCCGGCACUCUCAUUGCCCUCGAUUGCUCUGCCAUCGCUCUCGAUCCCGUCAAUUGCACUCCCGGCACUUUCGCUCCCGAGUGUGGCAGUCCCGUCAAUUGCAGUCCCGACGCUCCCUUCGAUUGGACUCCCGCCUCUCUCGGUUCCGUCGGUGGCGUUGCCUUCGCUUGCGCUCCCAUCGUUGUCGAUUCCGUCAAUCGGGCUUCCGGCACUUUCGCUCCCGAGUAUGGGGCUUCCGGCUCCGUCUGCGGGGUCGCCGUCCGGCGGCGGUGGAUCUGGCGGCGGUGCCCCACCUUUCGGCCUGCCGUCGAUCGCACUUCCGGCCAUCUCGCUCCCGUCUCUGGCGGUUCCUUCGAUCGCCGUGCCCACGUUGCCUUCGAUUGCCCUUCCGGCUAUCUCGCUCCCGUCUCUGGCGGUCCCGUCGAUUGCAGUUCCGACGCUCCCCUCUAUCGGACUCCCGCCUCUGUCGGUCCCCUCCGUGGCAUUGCCUUCUCUUGCGCUCCCAUCGCUGUCAAUCCCGUCGAUUGCGCUCCCGGCCAUCUCGCUACCGGCUCUUUCGCUCCCGUCCCUGGCGGUUCCUUCGAUUGCGGUUCCCACGCUCCCAUCUGUUGGGCUGCCACCCCUUUCGAUUCCGUCCCUGGCGCUCCCUUCGAUUGCCUUGCCGGCUCUCUCGGUCCCGUCUCUGGCGGUCCCCUCAGUCGCAGUGCCCACACUUCCUUCCAUUGCACUGCCAGCCAUUUCGCUUCCGUCACUGGCGAUCCCCUCGGUUGCAGUCCCCACGCUUCCUUCUAUUGGGCUGCCACCUCUUUCGAUCCCGUCCGUGGCUGUCCCUUCGAUUGCUCUGCCGGCCAUUUCGCUUCCCUCUCUGGCGAUCCCUUCGGUUGCAGUUCCUUCGAUCUCCUUGCCGGCGCUUUCGCUCCCAUCCCUGGCGGUCCCUUCAGUUGCAGUCCCAACGCUUCCGUCUAUUGGACUGCCACCUCUGUCUCUCCCGUCCCUGGCGAUCCCUUCGAUUGCUCUGCCGGCUCUUUCUCUUCCGUCUCUGGCGGUUCCCUCGGUUGCAGUCCCCACGCUUCCGUCCAUCGCAUUGCCGGCUCUCUCGAUCCCGUCACUGGCGAUCCCGUCGAUUGCUCUGCCUGCGAUCUCCUUGCCGGCACUUUCGCUCCCCUCCGUGGCAGUUCCAUCGGUUGCAGUCCCAACGCUUCCGUCCAUUGCACUUCCGGCUCUCUCGCUUCCGUCCCUGGCAAUCCCCUCGAUUUCUCUGCCGGCUCUUUCGCUCCCAUCCUUGGCGGUUCCCUCGGCGGCAGUUCCUACGCUUCCCUCAAUCGCACUUCCGGCCAUCUCGCUUCCUUCCCUGGCAAUUCCUUCGAUUGCGGUUCCCACGCUGCCCUCGAUCGGGCUCCCGCCUCUCUCAAUCCCCUCAUUGGCGUUCCCGUCUGUUGCGGUUCCCUCGCUGCCUUCCAUUGGACUGCCCCCGCUCUCGAUCCCGUCUGUGGCACUUCCGUCCAUCGGACUCCCGCCUCUUUCGGUCCCAUCGGCUGCGGUUCCUACGCUUCCGUCCAUCGCCCUGCCGGCUCUCUCGAUCCCGUCCCUGGCGGUCCCCUCGAUUGCUCUGCCUGCGAUCUCUCUGCCGGCUCUCUCGCUUCCGUCUCUGGCGGUCCCGUCGAUUGCAGUCCCGACGCUCCCCUCGAUCGCGCUCCCGGCUCUCUCGGUGCCGUCUGUAGCAUGCCUUCUGUUACGCUCCCGGCUCUCUCGAUCCCUUCGAUUGCGUUGCCUUCGCUCUCCCUGCCGGCUCUCUCGAUCCCGUCGUUGGCGUUCCCGUCCGUUGCGGUCCCCUCGCUGCCCUCCGUUGGUCUGCCCCCGCUUUCGAUCCCGACAGUCGCACUUCCGUCGAUCGCGCUUCCCGCUCUUUCGGUCCCGUCCCUCGCGGUUCCGUCGCUGCCCGCCCUAUCGAUCCCCUCGAUCGCGAUCCCGUCUAUCUCUCUGCCGGCGCUUUCGCUCCCCUCCGUGGCACUGCCGGCUCUGACAUUGCCUCCCGGCGGCCUUCCCUCGCUUGGACUCCCUCUUCCGUCUGGUGGCGGCGGACAGUCCGGCGGUGGUGGUCAGUCCGGAGGUGGUGGUAACGGGCCCGGCUUCCCGGCGUUGCCGUCUAUCGCGCUCCCCUCUCUGGCACUUCCGGCCCUCUCGCUGCCGUCGAUUGCAGUCCCGUCCAUCACGAUCCCCUCUGUAGGACUCCCUUCGAUUGCGGUGCCCUCAUUGCCAUCCGUUGGGCUCCCGCCGCUCUCGCUCCCGUCGGUUGCGGUGCCGUCUCUGCCGUCUCUGGCGCUGCCGGCUCUUUCGCUUCCUUCGCUUGCGAUCCCAUCUCUCUCUCUCCCGGCUCUGUCGCUGCCAUCGAUCGCGAUUCCUUCCAUCGCCGUGCCCUCUGCGCCGUCUGUUGGAAUCCCACCGCUUUCGCUCCCAUCGAUUGCUCUGCCGUCGAUCGCCGUUCCCACAUUGCCGUCUAUUGCGCUCCCGGCUCUCUCGAUCCCGUCGAUUGCGGUGCCCUCUGCGCCAUCCAUCGGACUCCCACCGCUGUCACUUCCGUCGAUUGCUCUGCCGUCGAUUGCCGUGCCUACAUUGCCUUCGAUUGCUCUCCCGGCUCUUUCGAUCCCAUCGAUUGCUCUUCCGUCAAUUGCGGUUCCCUCUGCGCCAUCCAUCGGGCUUCCGCCGCUCUCACUUCCGUCGAUCGCCGUGCCUACUUUGCCUUCGAUUGCCUUGCCAGCUAUCUCGCUCCCGGCUCUCUCGAUCCCAUCGAUUGCUCUGCCGUCGAUUGCGGUUCCUUCGGUGCCAUCUAUUGGACUGCCAGCGCUCUCACUUCCGUCGAUUGCUGUGCCGUCGAUUGCCGUGCCCACCUUGCCUUCGAUUGCUCUGCCGGCUAUCUCGCUCCCGGCUCUCUCGAUCCCGUCGGUUGCGGUGCCCUCUGCGCCAUCUGUUGGAGUCCCGCCGCUUUCGCUCCCAUCGAUCGCCCUGCCGUCGAUCGCCGUACCUACUUUGCCUUCGAUCGCCCUGCCGGCUAUUUCGCUCCCGGCUCUCUCAAUCCCAUCGAUUGCUCUUCCGUCGAUUGCCGUCCCCUCGGUGCCAUCCAUCGGACUCCCGCAGCUCUCACUUCCGUCGAUCGCCGUGCCUACGUUGCCUUCGAUUGCCCUUCCGGCCAUCUCGCUCCCGUCGAUUGCGGUCCCUUCUGCGCCAUCCGUUGGACUGCCGCCGCUCUCGCUUCCCUCGAUUGCCCUGCCAUCGAUCGCUGUGCCCACGUUGCCCUCGAUCGCUCUUCCGUCGAUCGCAGUCCCCUCGGUGCCAUCCAUCGGACUCCCGCAGCUCUCACUUCCGUCGAUCGCUGUGCCCACGUUGCCUUCGAUCGCCCUGCCGGCCAUCUCGCUCCCGUCUCUGGCGGUUCCUUCGAUCGCCGUGCCCACGUUGCCUUCGAUUGCCCUUCCGGCCAUCUCGCUCCCGUCCCUGGCGGUUCCUUCGAUCGCUGUGCCCACGCUUCCAUCUGUUGGACUGCCGCCUCUUUCGGUGCCAUCUCUGGCGCUCCCCUCGAUCGCUCUGCCUUCGAUUGCCCUGCCGGCUCUCUCCAUCCCCUCCAUUGCGAUCCCGUCCCUGGCGAUCCCGACAGUUGCAAUCCCCUCCCUGCCUUCGGUAGAAUUGCCUCCGCUCUCGCUCCCGACUGUGGCGGUUCCCUCAAUUGCUCUUCCGCCUCUGUCGCUGCCGUCCCUGGCGCUUCCGUCCAUCGCAAUCCCCUCGAUUGGGCUUCCGGCGUUCUCGGUCCCAUCCGGGGCCGUGCACACGGGAUUCCCGGGUCCGGCUGUCCCCACUGCGGGGCUUCCUUCGGUGGGUCUUCCGGCGCUUUCGCUGCCGCCUCUGUCGCUCCCCUCGAUCGCUCUGCCUUCGAUUGCCCUGCCGGCUCUCUCAAUCCCCUCCAUUGCGAUCCCGUCCCUGGCGAUCCCGACAGUGGCGAUUCCCUCGCUGCCUUCCAUUGGAUUGCCCCCGCUCUCGCUCCCGACUGUAGCGGUUCCCUCAAUUGCACUUCCGGCCCUGUCGCUGCCGUCCCUGGCCAUUCCCUCCGUGGCUGUCCCGACCCUGCCGUCUAUUGGAAUCCCGCCUCUCUCGCUCCCUUCGUUGGCGAUCCCCUCCGUAGCGGUCCCGACUCUGCCGUCGAUCGUCCUUCCGGCUAUCUCUCUGCCAUCUGUGGCGAUCCCCUCAGUAGCUGUCCCGACGCUCCCCUCGUUGGCGAUCCCCUCGUUGGCUAUUCCGACGCUGCCGUCUAUUGGACUUCCCCCUCUCUCGGUCCCCUCGUUGGCGAUCCCUUCCAUUGAGCUUCCGCCUCUUUCGUUGCCGUCUCUGGCGAUCCCCUCGGUAGCGGUCCCGACGCUGCCGUCGAUCGUCCUUCCGGCUAUCUCUUUGCCAUCUCUGGCGAUCCCCUCUGUUGCGGUCCCGACGCUUCCAUCUGUUGCGAUCCCUUCUCUGGCGAUCCCAACCCUGCCAUCUAUCGGCCUCCCGUCCAUCGCUAUUCCCUCUAUCGGUCUCCCUUCUAUUAACAUCCCUUCUAUUGCGAUUCCGUCUAUUGCAGUUCCAUCUCUGCCGUCGAUUGAUAUCCCCUCCGUCGUGGUCCCUUCUUUGGCCCUCCCGACGCUUCCUUCUAUCGCUAUACCCUCGCUCAGCAUCCCAUCCAUUGGCCUUCCUUCUAUUGCCCUUCCUUCUAUUGCUCUGCCCUCGCUCGCGAUUCCUUCCGUCGCCCUUCCCUCGGCCCCCUCCGCGGCGGUUCCGUCUCUCGCCCUCCCGUCCAUUGGCCUCCCUUCUAUCGCGCUCCCGUCCAUCCAGAUUCCCACGCUUCCCACGAUCGUCGUCCCGGCCGUCUCGGUCAGCAUCCCGGCCAUCGUGAUCCCGACCAUCCCGGUCAUCUCGAUCGGCCCAGGCGACGUUCCCAACAUCUACAUCUCGGGCAGCGCGAUCUCCAUCGGCGGCCUCCCGGGCUUGCCGACCCCCCCGGCCCAGCCGGUCCCGUCGCUUCCGUCGACGCCGACGCUCCCUAUCGUCACCAACCUGCUGGGCACACUCACCGGCAUCAGCUCCACGCUGUCGUCGAUCAGCAACAGCAUCGGCCAGAUCCUCACCCCGACUGUCAACAUCCUCGACCCCAACGUGCUCAGCCAGGUGGGUUCGAUUGUCACCAGCCUCGGAAGCAGCGGCCCCCUCUCGUUCGCCAUCAACGAAGCCAUCCUCCAGGCCCAGAGACUGCAAACCACGCUCUCGAUCGCCGAGUCCAUUCUCCUCGUUCGGAGGCUCAACAACGAGGUCGUCCAGGCUUUCUCUCAGCUCCUGCAGGCGCUCGAGGACCACCGGCUCCAGCUGGGACAGGCCUCGAGCUCGACGUCUACUACUCAGGACAGUUCCUACAGCCCCCCGGACCUGAUCAGGGGAAUCUUCAGCGGCUUGAACUUGAGCCUGCGGGGGCAGAUUUCCCUCAACGACCAGCUGGUCAAGGUGCUCGACCCCAGCGUCCAGGCCCCGGGCCAGGCGGUGUCCGAUGCGAUGAGAAACCUCCUCAGCAUCAGCCUCGACAUCUACAGGGCCUGA